AUGACGGGGUUUGUCCGUAAUGAUAAGUUUGGAGAGGCUUGCCGUUACUUUUUGUUGUUCAUGAGAAGUCAAGGUGUCAUUCCUAGCGAGGUCUCCUACAUUGGAAGUGCUUUGAUCAUGAUGUAUGCGAAAUGUGGCAGUUUAGCUGACGCUACUCGGGCGUUUCAAGAGAUUGAGGGUCAAACCGUGGUAUGUUGGAGUGCGAUGAUUACUGCAUUCCAGCAGCAUGGCCAUGCUGAGCGUGUUGACGAAGGCUUCUUAUAUUUUAAUUCCAUGAGUAAGGAUUUUGGUAUAAACCCUCGACACGAACACUAUGCUUGCAUGGUCGAUUUACUUGGUCGCACUGGCCAGCUAGAUGAAGCGGAGAAGUUCAUAGUACCGAUGUCUAUCGAAGUUGCCGUGACAGCAUGGGGAGCUCUGCUCGGUGCUUGCGCAAAUCACGGAAAUCUCAAAAUGGGCAGAGAAGUCGCGGAUAGGCUUUUUGAGUUGCAACCUGAUAAUCCAGCAAACUAUGUGCUGCUUUCAAACAUGCACUCGCGUGAGGGAAGAUUGAAGGAAGCGGAUGAAGUUAGAAGACUGAUGUCUGUUAAUGGGCUAAAGAAUGAUUUGGGGUGUAGCUGGGUCGACAUAAAAAACAUGACCUUUGUGUUCACCGCUCGCGAUAGGUCGCACCCUAUGACAGGCGAGAUCUAUGAGAUCCUUGGUCGGUUGGAGGAGUUGGUGAAAAAGAAGGGAUACGUUCCUCAAGUCCGGUUCCCAGUCAAUAGCAUUGGUGAUUACAAAGAACGCGACUUAUGGUACCAUAGCGAGAGAUUAACUCUUGCUUUCGCACUUGUUUCAUAUUCAAUGGCAAUUACCUAA